AUCUUUUUCUAACUCGAAUUCUGAGAGUUUUUUUUUCCUUAACCAAAGCAAGAUGUUGUCUACGAAAUCGGAAUCAGAUGUCACAAGCCUAGCUCCAUCAUCGCCGUCAAGGUCACCAAAACGUCCAGUAUACUAUGUUCAAAGUCCAUCUCGAGACUCUCACGACGGCGACAAGUCGUCGACAAUGCAAGCGAGUCCCAUGGAGUCGCCUUCGCACCCUUCCUCCGUGGGACGUCAUUCGAGGAACUCGUCGGCUAGCCGAUUCUCGGGGAUAUUCCGGUCGUCGUCCGGGAGGAAAGGUGGACGGAAGAGGAAUGAUAAAGGGUGGCCUGAGUGUGGGGUGAUAGUGGAAGAAGGGUCGUAUGAUGAGUUUGAGGAUAAGGCCUUCAUUAGGCGUUUCCAGGCCUUGAUUUCCCUUUUCACUUUUGUUGUUUUGUUUACAGUGUUUUGUCUCAUCAUUUGGGGCGCCAGUAGGCCUUGCAAAGCUGAAAUCCUGGUCAAGAGCUUUGCAGUGCACAACGUUUUUGUUGGUGAAGGCUCAGAUUUCUCGGGGGUUCCAACAAGAAUGCUGACUAUCAAUGGCACCUUGAAGAUGAGUGUAUACAACCCCGCUACGUUGUUCGGCAUUCACGUCAGUUCCAACCCCGUCAAACUCGCGUACUCGGAAAUCAACGUCGCAACCGGCCAGCUGAAAUAUUAUCAGCCAAGGAAGAGCCAUAGGACCGUAUCAGUGGCGUUGGAGGGGGAAAAGGUGCCACUUUAUGGAGCUGGAUCAAGCUUGACGUUUACACAGAAUGGUGCUGCUGAAGUUCCAUUGAUACUGAAGUUCGAAGUCCGGUCACGAGGGAACGUGGUUGGAAAACUCGUGAGAACGAAGCACCGGAAACAAAUUUCUUGCCCUCUGGUAAUCGAUUCUAUGAAAACCAAGCUCAUUAAGUUCAAGAAAAACGCAUGCACAUAUGACUGAAAGUCAUGGUCAAGAUGUUGAUUCGCAAUCUCCUUUUGUUUGGGUGUAAUUUAUUUAGUGUUUUGCUUGGUCUUUUGAGCUGUUCCUUGAAAUAAAACAAAUGUAUAGACGACCUAAGAGGUUCUCUGUGCUUGAUUUUGCUUAGGAAUGUCGAUACAGAUUUCA